AUGUCUCUCUCCACCCUUCGACCUGGAAAAUGGAUACCACUUCAUGGCACUGUUCUUGAAACUCCGCUCAUGGAUGUACCUUAUCCUCCAGUCAACACCACUCCUGUCGAAGCUUAUGGCAUCUCUGGAUUGACGAAGGAGUUCUAUGAUGCAAUGUGCAAUUUCUUUCAAGAAUUGGAUCUGUACAACGCAAUUGAUCUCAACCCAUGGCUGGAGCUGAAGGAUGCCGAGUACGUUGGUAUUGGAAUGCCUGAGCGUCAAAUUCUGCUUCAUUUAUUCGAGCAACACACUGAUCGCAAAGGUGUUUACGUCAGAGACGCCUAUGUCAACAGAAUAUUCAUUGCUCCAUUGGAUGAGUUUGAGGACAAACAAAUGUUAGUCGUCGCAGGCUACACCAAUUUGUGUUUGGAGCCUUUGCAUGUCGAACAUCGAAGAAUGAUGAACGGCUCAUGGGAUGAAAACUGUACCCUUCUCCCUACAAAUGUCGGGGUGGCUCCUCGCUCUACUCCAGGAAAAAAGCACCUAUCAUCACCCUCCCUGCCUGCGGCUCUCAAGCCAAAGAUUCCACGUCCCGCCAAUGAGUGGAUUCUUUAUCGUGCUGAUAACCAUCUACCCAUCAAGAAAGCCUAUCCAGGUAUCACCAACAAUGAGAUUUCUUCAAUUAUCGCUGGCAUGUGGGCUGCAGAAACUCCAGAUCGGCGCUUGAAGUACAAGAUCCGUGCCGAUAUGUUGAAGGAAGCUCACAAGAAGGCUUACCCUACCUACAAAUACGCCCCCAGAAAGCCAGGUGAGAAGAAACGACGUGCAUCAAAAAAGACCCUCACCAAACCAAUCACCAAUCAAUUAUCCCACAACUUCAACACUACCACCUCAUCCAUCACCUAUCCUACUCCAACCCACAACUCUAUUUACGAUACUGGUCUGGAUGCAUUUGGGCUCAAUGUUCACAUGGAACACACCAACACUGUCGAGCAGCAACUUCAACCCGAGCACUCCAGGCUUACCUAUGCGGACGAAGCAACGGGCAUGAACUUCACACCAACGGAUUCUUGGCAAAUGGUUCAACAACAGGAUCUCUUCACCUUCUUCGCCCAUCAAUCGUAA